CCUGGUCUCUUUUUCAUGUCCAGCCCCUGAUGUGUGUCCAUUGGUGUGAGCUUCCCCUUCCCUCCUCCCCUUCUCUCCUGCUCGCCCUGCCCAUGUUUUGUGUGUCUCUGUCCAUCCAGACUCCUGACGUUCAAGUUCGCAGGGACGUCACGUCCGCACUUGAACUUGCAGCUCAGGGGGGCUUUUGCCAUUUUUUUCAUCUCUCUCUCUCUCUCUCCCUCUAUCUCUCUUCUCUCUCUCUCCCUCUUUUUUUUUUUUUUUUUUUUUUUUUUUUUUUUUUUUUUUUUGCUUAAAAAAAAGCCAUGACGGCUCUCCCACAAUUCAUCUUCCCUGCGCCAUCUUUGUAUUAUUUCUAAUUUAUUUUGGAUGUCAAAAGGCACUGAUGAAGAUAUUUUCUCUGGAGUCUCCUUCUUUCUAACCCGGCUCUCCCGAUGUGAACCGAGCCGUCGUCCGCCCGCCGCCGCCGCCGCCGCCGCCGCCGCCGCCCGCCCGCCCCGCAGCCCACCAUGUCUCGCCGCAAGCAAGGCAAACCCCAGCACUUAAGCAAACGGGAAUUCUCGCCCGAACCUCUUGAAGCCAUUCUUACAGAUGAUGAACCAGACCACGGCCCGUUGGGAGCUCCAGAAGGGGAUCAUGACCUCCUCACCUGUGGGCAGUGCCAGAUGAACUUCCCAUUGGGGGACAUUCUUAUUUUUAUCGAGCACAAACGGAAACAAUGCAAUGGCAGCCUCUGCUUAGAAAAAGCUGUGGAUAAGCCACCUUCCCCUUCACCAAUCGAGAUGAAAAAAGCAUCCAAUCCCGUGGAGGUUGGCAUCCAGGUCACGCCAGAGGAUGACGAUUGUUUAUCAACGUCAUCUAGAGGAAUUUGCCCCAAACAGGAACACAUAGCAGAUAAACUUCUGCACUGGAGGGGCCUCUCCUCCCCUCGUUCUGCACAUGGAGCUCUAAUCCCCACGCCCGGGAUGAGUGCAGAAUAUGCCCCGCAGGGUAUUUGUAAAGAUGAGCCCAGCAGCUACACAUGUACAACUUGCAAACAGCCAUUCACCAGUGCAUGGUUUCUCUUGCAACACGCACAGAACACUCAUGGAUUAAGAAUCUACUUAGAAAGCGAACACGGAAGUCCCCUGACCCCGCGGGUUGGUAUCCCUUCAGGACUAGGUGCAGAAUGUCCUUCCCAGCCACCUCUCCAUGGGAUUCAUAUUGCAGACAAUAACCCCUUUAACCUGCUAAGAAUACCAGGAUCAGUAUCGAGAGAGGCUUCCGGCCUGGCAGAAGGGCGCUUUCCACCCACUCCCCCCCUGUUUAGUCCACCACCGAGACAUCACUUGGACCCCCACCGCAUAGAGCGCCUGGGGGCGGAAGAGAUGGCCCUGGCCACCCAUCACCCGAGUGCCUUUGACAGGGUGCUGCGGUUGAAUCCAAUGGCUAUGGAGCCUCCCGCCAUGGAUUUCUCUAGGAGACUUAGAGAGCUGGCAGGGAACACGUCUAGCCCACCGCUGUCCCCAGGCCGGCCCAGCCCUAUGCAAAGGUUACUGCAACCAUUCCAGCCAGGUAGCAAGCCGCCCUUCCUGGCGACGCCCCCCCUCCCUCCUCUGCAAUCCGCCCCUCCUCCCUCCCAGCCCCCGGUCAAGUCCAAGUCAUGCGAGUUCUGCGGCAAGACGUUCAAAUUUCAGAGCAACCUGGUGGUGCACCGGCGCAGCCACACGGGCGAGAAGCCCUACAAGUGCAACCUGUGCGACCACGCGUGCACCCAGGCCAGCAAGCUGAAGCGCCACAUGAAGACGCACAUGCACAAAUCGUCCCCCAUGACGGUCAAGUCCGACGACGGUCUCUCCACCGCCAGCUCCCCGGAACCCGGCACCAGCGACUUGGUGGGCAGCGCCAGCAGCGCGCUCAAGUCCGUGGUGGCCAAGUUCAAGAGCGAGAACGACCCCAACCUGAUCCCGGAGAACGGGGACGAGGAGGAAGAGGAGGACGACGAGGAAGAGGAAGAAGAGGAGGAAGAGGAGGAGGAGGAGCUGACGGAGAGCGAGAGGGUGGACUACGGCUUCGGGCUGAGCCUGGAGGCGGCGCGCCACCACGAGAACAGCUCGCGGGGCGCGGUCGUGGGCGUGGGCGACGAGAGCCGCGCCCUGCCCGACGUCAUGCAGGGCAUGGUGCUCAGCUCCAUGCAGCACUUCAGCGAGGCCUUCCACCAGGUCCUGGGCGAGAAGCAUAAGCGCGGCCACCUGGCCGAGGCCGAGGGCCACAGGGACACUUGCGACGAAGACUCGGUGGCCGGCGAGUCGGACCGCAUAGACGAUGGCACUGUUAAUGGCCGCGGCUGCUCCCCGGGCGAGUCGGCCUCGGGGGGCCUGUCCAAAAAGCUGCUGCUGGGCAGCCCCAGCUCGCUGAGCCCCUUCUCUAAGCGCAUCAAGCUCGAGAAGGAGUUCGACCUGCCCCCGGCCGCGAUGCCCAACACGGAGAACGUGUACUCGCAGUGGCUCGCCGGCUACGCGGCCUCCAGGCAGCUCAAAGAUCCCUUCCUUAGCUUCGGAGACUCCAGACAAUCGCCUUUUGCCUCCUCGUCGGAGCACUCCUCGGAGAACGGGAGCUUGCGCUUCUCCACACCGCCCGGGGAGCUGGACGGAGGGAUCUCGGGGCGCAGCGGCACGGGAAGUGGAGGGAGCACGCCCCAUAUUAGUGGUCCGGGCCCGGGCAGGCCCAGCUCAAAAGAGGGCAGACGCAGCGACACUUGUGAGUACUGUGGGAAAGUCUUCAAGAACUGUAGCAAUCUCACUGUCCACAGGAGAAGCCACACGGGCGAAAGGCCUUAUAAAUGCGAGCUGUGCAACUAUGCCUGUGCCCAGAGUAGCAAGCUCACCAGGCACAUGAAAACGCAUGGCCAGGUGGGGAAGGACGUUUACAAAUGUGAAAUUUGUAAGAUGCCUUUUAGCGUGUACAGUACCCUGGAGAAACACAUGAAAAAAUGGCACAGUGAUCGAGUGUUGAAUAAUGAUAUAAAAACUGAAUAGAGGUAUAUUAAUACCCCUCCCUCACUCCCACCUGACACCCCCUUUUUCACCACUCCCCUUCCCCAUCGCCCUCCAGCCCCACUCCCUGUAGGAUUUUUUUCUAGUCCCAUGUGAUUUAAACAAACAAACAAACAAACAGAAGUAACGAAGCUAAGAAUAUGAGAGUGCUUGUCACCAGCACACCUGUUUUUUUUCUUUUUCUUUUUCUUUUUCUUUUUUUUUCCUUUUUUUUUUUUCCUUUAUGUUCUCACCGUUUGAAUGCAUGAUCUGUAUGGGGCAAUACUAUUGCAUUUUACGCAAACUUUGAGCCUUUCUCUUGUGCAAUAAUUUACAUGUUGUGUAUGUUUUUUUUUAAACUUAGACAGCAUGUAUGGUAUGUUAUGGCUAUUUUAAAUUGUCCCUAAUUCGUUGCUGAGCAAACAUGUUGCUGUUUCCAGUUCCGUUCUGAGAGAAAAAGAGAGAGAGAGAAAAAAAGACCAUGCUGCAUACAUUCUGUAAUACAUAUCAUGUACAGUUUUAUUUUAUAACGUGAGGAAGAAAAACAGUCUUUGGAUUAACCCUCUAUAGACAGAAUAGAUAGCACUGAAAAAAAAUCUCUAUGAGCUAAAUGUCUGUCUCUAAAGGGUUAAAUGUAUCAAUUGGAGAGGAAGAAAAAAAGGCCUUGAAUUGACAAAUUAACAGAAAAACAGAACAAGUUUAUUCUAUCAUUUGGUUUUAAAAUAUGAGUGCCUUGGAUCUAUUAAAACCACAUCGAUGGUUCUUUCUACUUGUUAUAAACUUGUAGCUUAAUUCAGCAUUGGGUGAGGUAAUAAACCUUAGGAACUAGCAUAUAAUUCUAUAUUGUAUUUCUCACAACAAUGGCUACCUAAAAAUAUGACCCAUUAUGUCCUAGUUAAUCAUCAUUUUUCCUUUAGUUUAAUUUUAUAAACAAAACUGAUUAUACCAGUAUAAAAGCUACUUUGCUCCUGGUGAGAGCUUAAAAGAAAUGGGCUGUUUUGCCCAAAGUUUUAUUUUUUUUAAACAAUGAUUAAAUUGAAUGUGUAAUGUGCAAAAGCCCUGGAACGCAAUUAAAUACACUAGUAAGGAGUUCAUUUUAUGAAGAUAUUUGCUUUAAUAAUGUCUUUUUAAAAAUUUUGGCACCAAAAGAAAUAGAUCCAGAUCUACUUGGUUGUCAAGUGGACAAUCAAAUGAUAAACAUUAAGACCUUGUAUACCAUAUUGAAAGGAAGAGGCUGACAAUAAGGUUUGACAGAGGGGAACAGAAGAAAAUAAUAUGAUUUAUUAGCACAACGUGGUACUAUUUGCCAUUUAAAACUAGAACAGGUAUAUAAGCUAAUAUUGAUACAAUGAUGAUUAACUAUGAAUUCUUAAGACUUGCGUUUAAAUGUGACAUUCUUAAAAAAAGAAAAGAAUUUUAAGAGUAGCAGUAUAUAUGUCUGUGCUCCCUAAAAGUUGUACUUCAUUUCUUUUCCAUACACUGUGUGCUAUUUGUGUUAACAUGGAAGAGGAUUCAUUGUUUUUAUUUUUAUUUUUUUAAUUUUUUCUUUUUUAUUAAGCUAGCAUCUGCCCCAGUUGGUGUUCAAAUAGCACUUGACUCUGCCUGUGAUAUCUGUAUCUUUUCUCUAAUCAGAGAUACAGAGGUUGAGUAUAAAAUAAACCUGCUCAGAUAGGACAAUUAAGUGCACUGUACAAUUUUCCCAGUUUACAGGUCUAUACUUAAGGGAAAAGUUGCAAGAAUGCUGAAAAAAAAAUUGAACACAAUCUCAUUGAGGAGCAUUUUUAAAAAACUAAAAAAAAAAAAAACUUUGCCAGCCAUUUACUU